AUAUGCGCGCAUUUUCUAUAGUAAUUAUAACUUAUAACACACAGACGACACGUAUAACCUAUCCGCGCUGUCCGCUUACGUUGCAAAAAUGACGAGGAAUCGCGAAAUCGCUUCGUUAUAACGACAGAACUGCAGGAAUUGUGAACACUCCGCUCGGAGUAUCGGCGAACGAACAGGGUAACGUGUUCGUCUUCUAACACACGGAAGGCGCGAGUUCGCUUUUAGAGCAGUAAACAAGAGGUGAAAUUAAACUCUCCGUUCCGAUGUCCCUGGGUUGAAGCAUAGAGAUUCAAUUUUUCCAGUUUGUAUCCUCUUUGUAUCCUGCGAACAAGAGAGACAGAGACGGCGAAAAGGGACAGCUCGUCUGACAUGUCAUUUAGAAGAAGUAAAUGCCCGGAUAGACCUAGAACAACAUCCAAAGUUGACACGAUGUUACCUCCUCCCGACUUUGAGCAGCUACAGGAUUGUAUUAAUGACACAGCUCGCGCGUCUACUUCAAACGAAGGUAUCCUGUUAUCAGAAAUGGAUAGGAGGCAAGACGAGGCGACGGACAUUCAUCGGUAUCCCAAUGUUAAAAAUAAUAAAUGUGGAAGCAAUGAUCGAAGAUCGGGCUGUACAGGCCGACAGAUAAAUAUAGGGAGAGAAAAUUUAGAUAGCAGAAACGAUGUACCUGAAUCUGGUAAUUCAAUUGCCUUGCGCAGUGUAGCAAGCAGUGAAACCAAUUUAAUAUCUGAUUGUCUUAAUGAAAUGAGAAAGACAUUUCUAGAGUGUACCCCAAAGACAUUUUCUGGAAGGAAACUGUUGUCCUCCGUUAAAUGUAAUAAACCGGGAACGUCGUCUGUGGAAGUGAGAGACACAGACGUCUCGGCAAUAUCCAGAGACAGUGGUACAAGCAUUGUACAUAAUAAUUUAUAUGGAAAGGACAAUGUUCAUUUAGUUAAUAACAAGAAUGUACCUGAUAAAAAUGAAAGGAAUUUCCAGGAGGGCAAAAUUAAUGAUCGCAUAUCGAGUAAUUCUUUCCCAUUAACUCACGAUGUUAAUUUGAAAGAAAAGGGAGAAACUGAGGAAGUCGGGAAUCGGAUAACUGCACUACCAGCUAAACCAACAAGAUCACUGCCUUCGGAUUUGAGAGCUUCUGUCGAAGAUAAUGACGAGAAAAAGUCGAUAUUAGUUAAAAAUAAGAACAAAUUGCCAAGUUCGACGCAAUCAUUCACGGAAAGUAUGCAAUUGACGAUUGCAGAUAACGGUCCAAAAUCGAUGGGAAAAUGUAUAGGACUUGUAAUUGAGCAACAAGUCGCACCUGACGAGGACACAAGUAUGCGGAAGACGGUAUCUGAAGUAAUAAAUGAAAAUAAUGAGAAUGAAGCGAUACAUCAAGAUGUGACAAGUGAGAUAAAUGUGGAGAAUGACGAACAAAACCCGUUACCUGUAAUGCCAAAUGUCAAGAGGAAAAGGGGUAGACCUAGGAAAGUAAUAAAUGAAAAUAAUGAGAAUGAAGCGACACAUCAAGAUGUGAUGCCAAAUGUCAAGAAGAAAAGGGGUAGACCUAGGAAAGUAAUAAAUGAUUCCACGGAUCCGAGCACGCUGAACAAAUCGAGAGACUGCGAUACGUCGCAAGAAAUUCCCGAUAUAAGCGUUGCCGAAUCUGUGACACGCAACAAAAGACGGGCUAGUAAAAUUAAGAUUACCGGGAAAAGCGACUUAAGCGACUUAAGCGACUUAAGCGAUGAAAGUGAUAUCGCAGAAGAUACAACUUUCGUCAGGAAACGAGGUCGACGACCUGGUUCUGGAGGCCGCGGUCGGGGUCGCGGUCGAGGACGCGGCAGAGGAACAUCGCGAAAUUCCUUAGAUACCAAUUACAUUCCUAGAUCAACACCGAAAGAGCCUGAAUCAACGAAAGAGAGUAACAAGAUAGAUGACACAGACGCAGCUACGGAUUCGAACAUUGAAAACAUUGAAAAAGCUGAACCAUUGGUGACUUGUGCCAAGUGCAAUAAGGAAAUGCCGAAGAAACAAUGGUCUUGGCAUAGUUUACAUCAACAUAAUAACAUGACUUGGCGAACGGAUGAGGAGCCAUUGGAUUUUGAAAAUGACGAAAAAUUACUAAAGAGAGUAUUGACUUCUACUCUAAAGCAAAAAAAGAGCAAAUUUCUGGCUUGUGAACGAUGUAACGCUACGAAACGGAGUGUCAACGGUUUUAUAUCACAUCUGCAAUUUUGCGGUAAAUCCGAAAAAGAAAGGGAAGCGUUAAUGGUGACAUGUCCCAUCUGUGAAGCAAUUAUGAUGCCUUCCUCCGUGGAAGUACAUGAACGUUUCCACAGGCAACAAGAACAUAGUAAAAUUAAAGAAGCAAAUUUACUAAUGGAAAAAACUAAACGGAAAGCGGCAGAAAAAGCGGUACCAAAGAUAUUGGAACUCACCGAAUCCUUGAAAGAGAAAAAUCUGAGCAUGGACGAUGUAAUAAUACAAACGUCCGAAAAGAAAAAAAUACCAAGCACUUGGAAAGUUAUGUGGGGAAAGGAAUUAGAUUCAAACGGUAUCGCGUCUUGUAAACAAAUAAGAUGCACUUUCACGUGCUCCUCUUACGAAACUAUCUGCGAACAUUACAGUCAAUGUGAUUUUGCACCACAAGAGAAUUUCAUGUGCAGUAUUUGCAAAUUUGCCGCGGAUUCUAGAGAUGAGAUUGUAAAUCAUAUAGAAGAGGCUCAUUCUAGCUACAAGGACGUAGAUGAAUGUUCCGAUUACGAGACGGAGGAAAGUGAGGACUCAUAUGAGAGUCUGUCCGAUUCGUCCGAAUAUAGUGUAAAACUAAAGUUACGUCGUUCAAAAAUAAACUCCGAUAGUACAAAGACCUGCAGUAAAAGCAAAAGCACGGCUAUCUUAGUCCCGCAACCAACUUAUAAACAAGCUUUAUGUUGGACUCUGGAUUUCGAGCUGAACAAUUAUGAACUGGCAUUGUUCGAAGAUGAUGCGCCGAAUUGUUUCACGUUAUUGGGAGAUAGCGAUUCCGCAACGUAUUUGCCAGAGCAAACGGCUUCGAUGGCUUUCAAACGUGUAAGCGUCAAUUCAUCGGGAAAUACAGAGAGUUCUGAUGACAAUUGGAAACGCAUAAAUAGGUUCGAGGGUGAUACUUGUAAAGAUGUGUCAACAUUUUUCGUCGGCGGUCCUGUAUGGGCGUUAGCAUGGCUGCCCAUUCCAUCACCGAUGUAUUCCAAGAACCCGACGCAAUACAUCGCAAUUAGCACGCAUCCCACGAUGGAAAGCCAAUAUACCGUGGGAAAGAAAUAUUCGGGACCAAACGUCAUACAGAUAUGGGAUGUUGGACCUCUAAAUCACGAAGUCAACAGCGAAAAAAGAUCACCUGUCUUAGCCUAUGCGAUUGCGCAUAACAAUGGUACAGUUUGGUGCUUAGAGUGGUGCCCAUCAGGAUGUUAUCAGGAUGUCGAUCUUGAAAAUUGUAAAAUGGAUGAAAAUAAGCUCAGACGAAUGGGAUUACUCGCGGCUGCAUGCUCCGACGGAUGUAUAAAUAUUUAUUCGCUACCGUUUCCGGACGAACUUAAAUUCGAGAAAUCGGAAUAUAAUUCGUGGCCGAUUUACAAGACCGAUCCGGUAAUAACGCUGGUUGUAAAUAUUCUUACGUAUGACGCUGGCAAACAAGACUGGCAGUGCACCAAGCUGUCGUGGACGAAGGGGCACGGACACGACAUCAUCGCGGCGGGUUUCACGAACGGUUACAUCGGAUUGUGGCACCUCACGACUACCUCUCCUUUCUUGCUCACCGAACGAAAGAAUACAAAAUUCAUAGACGCAUUCAAACAUUUCUUUGCUCAUCAUAACGCAAUUACCAUGGUGGCACUAGUUCCACACGACAAAAACCGAUUCCUUGCUUCCGCCAGUGUAGACAAAUCGUAUAAAUUUUGGGAUCUGGAAGAGACAGGCACGCCACAAAGUUGUGUAAAGAGGGGCAUAGUAGUGAACGGCGUGUGGAUGACCAACUGGCCCUGUGCAGUUCUUAGCUUCGACGAUGCGAUUGGGUACCAUUAUAUGCAUACCUUGGUGGUGCCAGUGAGAGAAUUCGGACACAAGUAUUGUCCAAUUUUAGCGACCAACUCGCCAACUUAUGGCCUCGCUGUUUCUGAUCAUGCUAAUGCUAUUGCACACGGCACUUUAGCUGGAGAAGUAAUGACUGUCUUUCUUCAUCAAUUGUUGAGUGCAAAUGGAGACAAAUUGUUACCUAAGAAAAGACAGUUGAACUCUUUCAUCCAGACGGUGGAUCUCUUAGAGGAGCAACAACAUAGCGAUGAAAGUAAUGAUGAAAAAAGUUCCAAGGAAUAUUACUACAUGCCAGAAACCUAUGACAAAUGCAAAGAUCGUUUUGGUGUUAUUUUCCACGAUAAUUUAACGAAUUUGAGAAAGAAUGUCGCCCGAGGUAAGCUGAAGAAUAGUCUGAACAACGACAAGCUGAGGUCUCUCCCUAUCGAGCAAUUUCCAUUUACUUCUGUAAACCGGAUGACUUGGAAUCCAAAUGCAUGGAGUUAUCUGUGGCUCGCGACGGGCUACCAAAGCGGUUUGGUGCGACUGUUGAACAUCAGUUCCAUGAAUUCCAGUUCCAUUACAACCCACGAACUCAAUACUCGGCUACCGGAGCACGUGAAAUCCAUGCUCUCUAAAGGAGAACAACUCGAUUAAACGCCAGAAUCGGGAAUCACCCUUUUGUGUAUAUAAAAAAAAAGAUGUAUGUGCAAGAUGAAUGUCGAAUAAAUUUUUCAUCACGUAA